AUGUUUCAGACGUUUAAAGAAUGGUUUUGGUUGGAACGAUUCUGGCUUCCUCCAACAAUAAAGUGGUCAGAUCUUGAAGAUCAUGAUGGACUUGUCUUUGUAAAACCCUCUCAUUUGUACAUGACAAUUCCGUAUGCUUUCGUCUUGCUGGUUAUCAGACAUUUCUUUGAAAAGUUUAUCGCCAUGCCUCUAGCAAAAGCAUUUGGCAUUAAAGAGGAAGUUAGAAAGAAGAUUAUACCAAAUACCAUCUUAGAGAAUUUUUUCAAAUGUUCCACAAGGCAACCAUCUCAAGCUGAUAUUUAUGGACUGGCGAAGAAGUGUAACUUGACAGAGCGCCAGGUGGAAAGAUGGUUUAGGAGUCGGCGGAAUCAAGAGAGGCCUUGCAGGAUGAAAAGAUUCCAAGAAGCUUGCUGGCGAUUUACAUUUUACUUAAUAAUGACUGUUGCUGGAAUUGUAUUUCUUUAUGAUAAACCUUGGGUUUAUGACCUGUGGGAAGUGUGGAAUGGCUAUCCCAGGCAGCCCUUGCUGCCUUCUCAGUACUGGUACUACAUUUUGGAGAUGAGUUUUUAUUGGUCUCUGAUAUUUAGCUUUGGCUCUGAUGUCAAGAGGAAGGAUUUUCUAGCUCAUGUCAUCCACCACCUGGCUGCUAUUAGUUUGAUGAGCUUCUCUUGGUGUGCUAAUUAUAUCCGCAGCGGGACCCUCGUGAUGAUCGUGCAUGACGUGGCUGACAUUUGGCUGGAGUCUGCGAAGAUGUUUUCUUAUGCUGGAUGGAAGCAAACUUGUAACGCGCUGUUUUUCAUCUUCUCCGCCAUAUUUUUCAUCAGCCGCCUCGUUGUCUUUCCCUUCUGGAUUUUAUAUUGCACGCUGAUCCUUCCUCUGCACUACCUUGAGCCUUUCUUUUCAUACAUCUUCCUCAACCUCCAGCUCAUGGUCCUGCAAGCCCUUCACCUCUACUGGUGUUACUUCAUCCUGAAGAUGCUCAAAAGAUGUAUAUUCAUGAAGGACACCCACGAUGUGCGGAGUGAUGAUGAGGAUGGGUAUGGAGAGGACGAGGAAGAGGAGGAGGAGGAGGAGGAGGAAGAAGCCACCAAAGGCAAAGAGAGAGACUGUUUGAAGAAUGGCCUCGGGGCCAACAGGCAUCUCAUUCUCAACGGUCAACAUGGCCGUUAG